UCCGAUAACCAUUGCCCACCUAGUGCACCCAUGACUCUUUUGACGCCUGGCCUGCACGAUUCAUGCAGCCCUGCCAUUUCCUGAUUACGCGUCUCUCUGUCCGCUCUCUCGCUCUCUCAACAGUUACUCCGAUGGCUGGGAUUAUAUACCAACAACGCAUGAGCGCUCUUCGAAGCUACAACCUUCUCCUCCUUUCUCGAUCUUCUCAAUCCCUUCAUCGUCGUCAUUAUCACCUACGCCAGAUGAGCAUGGACACCCAGAGCGGUGGAGCUGCUGCUGUUGCUCGGCUCAUCGAUUCUGGACUUUUGAAGACUCAGGGCCUUAUUGGUGGGAAAUGGACUGAUGCUUAUGAUGGCAACUCCAUCAAGGUGCACAACCCAGCAACUGGUGAUGUGAUAGCAAACGUCCCAUGUAUGGGUCGGAAGGAGACAACUGACGCAAUAUCAUCAGCAUACGACGCAUUCAAUUCUUGGAGUAAACUAACAGCAACUGAAAGGAGCAAGUGUCUACGGAAAUGGUAUGAUUUACUAAUUGAUCAUAAGGAAGAUCUUGCACAACUUAUAACGUUAGAGCAGGGAAAGCCAUUGAAGGAGGCCUUGGGUGAGGUUGCCUAUGGAGCCAACUUUAUUGAGUUUUAUGCUGAGGAGGCAAAACGUGUAUAUGGUGAUAUAAUUCCGUCUACGCUAGCUGAUCGCCGGUUAUUUGUUUUAAAACAGCCUGUAGGUGUUGUUGGAGCAAUUACCCCCUGGAACUUCCCUUUGGCCAUGAUUACUCGGAAGGUUGGCCCUGCUCUUGCUUGUGGUUGUACAGUGGUUAUUAAGCCUUCGGAACUUACACCGUUGACUGCUUUAGCUGCUGCUGAGCUCGCCCUUAAAGCUGGAAUACCGCCGGGUGUCGUGAAUGUGGUAAUGGGUAAUGCUUCCGACAUUGGGGAUACUCUACUAGCAAGUUCUCAGGUAAGGAAGAUAACCUUCACGGGUUCAACUGCUGUUGGAAAGAAAUUGAUGGCCGGGGCCGCUGGGACUGUAAAGAAGGUAUCAUUGGAACUUGGUGGGAAUGCGCCCUGCAUAGUGUUUGAUGAUGCAGACCUUGAUGUGGCAGUGAAAGGAUCUCUUGCAGCGAAGUUCCGUAACAGUGGUCAAACAUGUGUUUGUGCAAAUAGAAUAAUCGUGCAAGAAGGCAUUUAUGAGAAAUUUGCAAAUGCUUUUGCAAGUGCUGUGCAAAAUUUGCAAGUUGGAAAUGGUCUAAUUGAAGGUGUAGCCCAGGGUCCCCUUAUCAAUGAAGCUGCUGUACACAAGGUCGAAUCAUUUGUUCAAGAUGCUACUUCAAAGGGAGCAAAAGUCAUGCUUGGUGGUAAAAGGCAUAGCCUUGGAAUGACAUUUUAUGAGCCUACAGUACUCACCGAUGUCAACAGUGAGAUGCUCGUAUCAAGGGAAGAAGUAUUUGGACCUGUUGCACCCCUUAUACGUUUUAAAACUGAAGAGGACGCUAUCCACAUUGCCAACGACACAAAUGCAGGACUAGCUGCUUACAUAUUUACAACAAAUAUCUCACGUUCAUGGCGGGUAUCUGAAGCCCUCGAGUAUGGACUUGUCGGUGUCAAUGAAGGAAUAAUCUCUACCGAGGUUGCACCAUUUGGAGGUGUUAAACAGUCGGGCCUUGGACGAGAAGGUUCCAAGUACGGGAUGGAUGAGUACCUAGAGAUAAAAUACGUGUGCUUGGGGAACAUGAAUAGUGCCUAACACAGUGCGAUCCUGAAGUUAAUAAGUUUUAGGUUCAUGGUUACGGUGGCAGUCAAGUCUAUGUGCAUCUACCAAUAUAGAUAAUGCAUACAUAGGAAAGGGAGGUAACCGAGACGAAGUGCUGCAGCUCCUAUACAGCCAGCUUUGUUAAGAGUUUUGUAGCACAGGCAUGUACGUUUUUUUUUUUUAAUUUUACAUUUCUAAUAAUGGUUGGCAUUAUGAGUAGAGCAUAUGCCUUUGGAGAGAUCAUGUCAUACAAUGGGGUUUGUCACUCCAAAACUUGUAUGGAUUUCAUGUGACGUUUUUAUGGUUCUGUGUAAUUUAGAUGUGUGGUUUUAUUGUGCCUGAA